UAUCGAUCUGAAGAAAAACCUGCUGCUAAUAGGCACUACGGGCACUGAAACUCGUUUCCUGUCUGAAGCGGAGCUGCCAGAGUGUGCCCGACUGGCAUACGGAUCAGAGGGUCGUGAAGACGCCCGUCCUGAUGAGAUAGCUGACAGGGAACUGGCAGAGGCACUUCAGAGGUCCAUACAAGAAAGCGGACAGCACUGAUGCAUUUGGAGACAGCUGGAGAGGGCCCUACCAACCAGACACUGCAGAUGGACAAACUACCUCACCACAGCCCCCACCAUUUUCAUUACCCAGAACCUUAGACCAAAUGUCCUCAUCCACCUCCCCCACCCAAGGCCCUUCCUCUGGCCAGUGGCAAACCGUGGAUCGCUCUCAGUCUGCCCCAGCCGCCAUGGAGCAGGCCUCAGCACCAGGGCAGAGCCAGGACCAACAUGGCAUUCAGGAGCUUCCUCAACCUUUGUGCCCUACAGAAGCCGCUGGUUCUACGACUCAUCAGGUCCAACCUCACCCUCUGCCAGUCCAUAGCAAUUCCAAAGUGUCCCCGGUACCUAGUCCCUCAACAGACGUCCUCCAAACACAGACCCCUCCUGCAGACAUGCCAACAUUAUCCCAGUAUCCAGAGGAUGAGGAACAUUGUACAGCCUCAGAGAGUGAGGCUGAAUCAUUUGAGAUACUGAACAGCUCAAUGACCUCCCAACCAGAGGAACUAUCCCCCAUUCAACCCAUGGAGCAGGAGACGAUUGAGUCUCACAAUGCUAAUUCCGGUGAAGCCUGUCAGAGUGCUGCUAGCCAACCAGAUUCGGUUGAAAUGGAGUCUCCCACCGCAUCCCAUGGCGUGGUGAACACUGAGAAGGACCCACCUGAAGCAGAGCGCUGCUCCAGCUCCGACAGCAUCCCAUCGCUGGCAGCAGCUCUGAUGGAGCUCCACGAGCUGCUGGUAACCAACAGCUGUGCUCAGUCCCAAAGCCGCAGCACCUCCUGCUCCCCGUCACAUCCAUUCAGACAGGACGCAGACGAAUUGGUCACCGAGCCACGCACCCCGACACCUGAAAACACCCAGCCUACCCCUUCUACUGCUAUUACAUCUGGUGCAGAACCAAGCGAUGCCAAAGCCAACCAUGCUGCUGCUGUGUCUGAUGAGGGACCAUCUAAGUGUCUCGUGUCCGACCUCUCUGGCCAGGAUGCAUAUCUUGGUGGAGAUGAAGCAGAGACUGUGGGGGAACAAGGGCCACCUCAGCAUCCAGAUGGCUCUGGGGAGAGGGGGGCCAAUAGAAGUGGGAUAAGUGAAGCCAGUAUCAUCGGCAUUACUCAGCCUGAGCCAGAGGCACCUCCUGAUCCAGCUGCAGAUCCGGAGCUCAGGGAACCUCCUGAGGAGCAGCAGGGGACAGUGGCAACAGAUGGACAAGCCUCUGGCACCAACAGCCCAGACACUCUUGCCCCCCAGACUGAUCAGACUUUUCUCAGCCUUCUGUCAAUGACAGGAGGCUCAUCUGAGGAAGUCUCUAGCACCACGUCCUCCUGUGUCCCUCCUCUUGCUCAGGCUCCCCAGCCUUCAUCUGCAGCCCCUCGUCACCCAUCUCCACAUCACUUUGUAGAACCAUUUCCUGCUGAGCACAUCCAGAGAAUCCAGGCAGCCGGCUUUUCUGCCAGGGAGGCUGCAGAGGCACUGGAACAAGCCCAUGGUGUUGUGGAGCUGGCUCUGCUGGCACUACUAGCCCGCAGUAUCACUGUGCCCACCUAGACUCAACCACUCUGGUGAGUCGCCGGCCUCCCAACUCAGCAUCUGUCUUAUUUAUACCUUGUUACUGAUCCAGAUGUCUCAGUCCCUUUUUACCAGGGAGUACAUCUAAACACAGGGAAAUGCUGUCUCUUGGUUUGUCAUGAAGAAUAUCCAAGAACAAACAGGACAACCGCUAAUUCUUUUCUGGAUAUGUGAGGUGUGUUUGCAUGCAGAUGUUUUGGUGCCCACCCAUUUCAUUUGUUUUUAGAGAUUUGGUAUUAUAGAUUGAUUUUCUUCUUUAUUUGUUGUCCAUCUUUGACAUUUUAUUAAAUGCUCGAUAUAAAAAUGGUUCUCGAACUGCUAAACUUUGUUAUAAUUUCUUAUUGAAGCAGCAUCAUUUCUACACCCCAUGCUGGACUGACUCUGACUCGGUGAGCUCUAGAUCAUUCAGCACAAACAUGGAUAUUUGAAACGAUUUGCUCCUUUUUCUCUUUUGUUUUGUUGAUUUAAUGUUGGUUGCCCCAAUUUACAAAUCAGAAGCUUAUCAUGGGGAAGCUGCAGUUAAGUAGGGUUGAUCAUUUCUGAUCGAGUUUACAAAUCACACACACGAGUGGAAACCCCUAAAUUCACAGCCAUUCUCACACUGAAAUAUCAACAAGUGAGCCACACGUGUGUAUGUCUGUGUCGAAGUAUGAUGAUCAUCAUUUUUUGAAUCCAGUUUGUGUAUUGGAGAAGGUAUCUUGUACUGUAUGUAUCGUUCUCCACAGUUUGAAUGCUCUGCCAUGUAUUGAUUACAAAUCUCUUUGUAGCUCCUGUUCAGAAAGUCCAUGUUGUGUCAAAUCAUCCUAGUGUGUGUUCAUAACUUUAAACGCAUCCACUUUCAUUUCGUAAUCUGUUAGAAUUUAGCCAUUCGCAACUGUCAAAUCUUUUGUCACUUCUUUCAUCAUAUUAUCAAGGAUUUUAAUGGCUUUAUAUGAGUCAAAUACCGACAAUGUUCAGGCAGAUCGAAUUAUUUACUUUUAUGAAAUUUUAAAUUGCAAAUAAAAUGGAACUAGUAUUUGUA